AAAAAAAAAAAAUUAUAGUGAUAGUUUUAAAAACUCUUACAUUUAAAACACCUUAUUUUAACAUAAUGCACCAUAACCAUUCCAUCGCAAUAUUGAUAUUUUGUAAUAUUGGAAUUAUUCUCAAUGGAAUUGGUUUGUUCGUUUUAAUAAAGUUCACAAAUGGUUACAAUUUAACUCAGAGGUUUAUUCUUAUUCAACUCAGUAUCGUUGACUUGUGUUUGAGCGUAUUAGUUGAAAUUGAAGAAUGUAGCAAUAUUUUAAAUUUAAACUUGAGUAAUAGUUUAGUGUAUUCAGUAAUUAAAGAAGUUUUUAACGCUGGAUUUUAUUUUACAACAUUUUGGUUAGUAUUCGAUAGAUACUUGCAUAUAAAAAUGAAUAUUAAAUAUGUCAUAUAUUGGCCACAAAAGAAAAGCAUAAUCGCAGCAGUAAUUUUAUGGAGUAUAGCUGGAUUAUGUGGAUAUGUAGCUACAUAUUAUUCUAAGACGUACUACUCGUGUGUAGUUACAUCGUAUGAUCUAGUUAUAAUUUGUUUUUCCACUUUUGUAUACGCCUAUGCUUUAAUACGUUUUCAGAAACAAAAAACUAACAUUCGUUCAAACCAACACGGCAAAAAAAUUUUAAAAGGGUUAAUAAUAUCAAGUUUUAUAAUAACAAUCUUUUUUGGAUUAGUUGCAAUUCCCGACACUUUGUGGACACUUAAUAAUGUAGGAGUUUAUCAAAAUCCCAAAAUAGACAAGUAUUGUAAGAUAAACUACGUUAUAGCUUUGUGGACUGAUGCUUUAGUAUACAUAUUUGCUUCUCCUCAAGUUAGAAUCACUCUUAAAAAUAAUAUUAAGUUUUUACUCAGCAAAAAAAAAAAUCAACUUCAAAGAUUCAAAGAAGAAAAUACACAUUUUUAGAAAAUAUUUCAUUAAAAACUUGUUUCAAUGCUAUAAAGUUCAAACCUAUUAAAAGCUUUAUCUUCGUUAAUCAUUGUUUAUCAACGUUAUCUUCGUUAAUUCUGUAAAGUGCAAUCGAAACUCCUGAUUAUCCACCAUCCUACCAAGUCUAACUCUUAACUAUUAGUUUUUUUUUUUUUCCUACACCUCCAUCUGUCAUAGACCCAAGAGUAUGUUAUAGGAAUUUUAUCAUAAAAUCCUUUUUACGGAGGUGACAACGGAAUGUUUAGAAUAACUAAAUACUAUUUUUACAAAGUUUAUAUAUAGUUAACAGUAAAUAAAUAAUAAAUUGUUUUUAGACCAAUACUACUGUGAGAAACCACUGACACACAAACACACACACGCAUUGAUUUUUGGAUAACAAACACGUGGAUACCAUUCAUAUUAAAAAAAUUACAUAACCUUUUUUUUAAGAAGGUUAUGUAAUUUAAAUUAUUACACCAAUUUUUGUAAACUUGUGUUAAAAUAUUAAUAUCAAAAUUAUUAUGUAGUAUUUAUAUUCCCAGAUUUAAAUAGAUUUAAGAACUAUACUAUAAAUGACACUUA